CAUGCCUCUUUGUUAGCCCUAAAUAUGCAAGUAUGGCUUCUAAUGUUUUACCAUGCAAAUUGUUAAAUGACAAUGGAAGUUUGUGGUUUUGGGAUUGGAGGAGUGGUCACAAUUUCCAGCAAGCUCAGACAAUUGUACAGCCUGGCUCAUUGGAUAGCGAAGCCGGUAUGUACGCUCUCUCGUACGAUGUAACCGGUACGAGACUGGUUAGCUGUGAAGCAGACAAGGCCAUUAAAAUGUGGAAAGAAGACGAAACUGCAACUGAACAAACUCAUCCUCUUAACUUCAAACCACCGAAGGACAUCCGCUGAUUCUAGCUGCACAUGUCGGUUCUCGUCCGGUUGGUGACUUGAUCUUUGUUUUGUUAAAAUGUACCUUUAUCCCGGUGAUGUAAGAUUAGGACGACCUUUUGUUAAUUAUUAUGAUAAACCGUUGCUUAGGAAACAAAACAGCUAUGGAUGGUUCCUAGAUUAAUGCACCUGGAUGAUAAUAAUACAUCCAUUGACCCUAUUUUGGUGUUCAUUGCUAAGAUUAUUAUAAAUUCUAAAGCCAUUCCUGGCGGUUCAAGCAUGUAAAA